ACACUUCCUCCUCCACAUGUACAACCCUUACCAGUCACUAGCCCUCAGGCUCUCACUUGUUCGUCGCUUCAUAUAGCGACAAUAGCGUCCUCGGUUUUUGAAACCUGCACGCCCAAAUCAGCAGAUCUUCGAAGGGCGUUUCGCCUGCGCUGGAAAGGUUAUAGCAAACAUCCUUUUAUAUAUAUCCCAUUUCAAUAAUUUUUUUAAAAGCGUUUGCUUUCAAAUCCCGGGAUAGGCGCAAAAACCAAUAAAAAAUGAGAUAACAUGAUAACAAAUGCAAACACAAUUAAUCUUCCCCUUCCCUAAGCCCUAAGGCCUAAACUACCUUGUUUCACUAGAAUAACCGCGAUGAAUAAGUUCCGCGAUUAGUUCAGAUCUUAUCUCACUUACACAAUACAAUUAAGUUGAAAGUUGAUAUCCUGAUGAUAUAAACGGCAACUGAAUAUCGUACCAAAUACGCAGUUUACAUUUCCGUUUCAUGCUCGCAGUGGCUUGUUCUGGAACUCUCUUAUUUUGAAUGUCCGUAAAAAUGAAGACACACAUCGUAUUUUUGGUUUUUGCGCUUUUAUCCCUCCUGGCAAAGUCGUGUACUGCUUUCAGAGGUAGGUCAUGUGGAAAAAGGCAUUUGGAUGCGCCUGGUACCCUCACAAGUCCUCGCCAUCCUAAUCUCUACCCUAAAAGUACCGACUGUGAAUGGACUAUUUCCACUACUCAAGGGAAAAUUCUAACACUGCGAUUUUCUACUUUUGCUUUUGAACGUCAUCCUAGCUGUGAAUAUGAUCGUUUGGAAAUUUAUGACGGUGAUUCCACGUCUGCCAGGAGAAUAGGGCGAUAUUGUGGGAAUCAAGUACCAAGUAAACUGGUUUCAUCUGGAUCAAAAAUUCAUAUCGUCUUUCACUCGGACUCUGGCGUUGAGGCGCGAGGAUUCGCCCUGCAAUUCACAAGUUCUUACGGAUGUGACCGUGUCUUCACAAGAGACUCUGGUGAGAUAGUAUCGCCCAAUUUUCCCGGAAACCAUCCUCAACCAACUCAGUGUAACUAUCGAAUUAACGUCACAAGUGGCUGGACAAUCCGAUUGACUUUUGAAGAAUUUCAUUUGGAAGACCCAGCCAAUGGAUGUGAAUAUGAUUAUGUCGAGGUUUAUGACGGUCCUACUGAUCAAUCCCCGAAAUUGGGAAGAUAUUGUGGUGAAACGAAGCCUAUCGUUAGGCCGUCAACCCGGAAUCAGAUGCUUAUCAGAUUUGUUGCUGACGCAACUGUAACAAGAACAGGUUUUCGAAUAAAAUACAUCGCAAAAGGAGCUUCUACGAAUGAUAUAUGUAACAGACCAGCAUACACAGGUGACUGUCGUGCUGGCUUUGAUCGUUGGUUCUACAACACAGUCACUAAAAAAUGUGAGACUUUUAUUUAUGGUGGCUGUGAUUCAAAUGGAAAUAAUUUUGAAACUGAAGCUGAGUGUGCAAGAAAAUGCCAGGGAAGGACAGACGCAGAUAUUAACGAAUGUUCCCGAAGUAACGGGGGAUGUGACCAGGCAUGUCAUAAUACAUUGGGGAGUUUUUUCUGUUCUUGCUGGAAAGGCUACCGAAUUGGGGCUGAUGAACGCACGUGUGAAGAUGUGAAUGAAUGUUCUCUCGGUCGUGACGUCCAUCAUUGUGAACACAACUGUACGAAUAUGCCUGGAGGUCAUUAUUGCACCUGUUCUCCUGGAUUUCGACUAAGUGCCAAUGGAAAAACUUGCAAUGAUAUCGAUGAAUGUAUUGUUGGUAGUCUGGGUGUAUGUGAACAAGAGUGUAUCAAUUUGCCGGGAAGUUUUAAAUGUUCGUGUUUUCGUGGGUAUGAACCGUAUCCUGGGAGAUCAAAGCGAUGCAGAGAUAUUAACGAAUGUGAUUUGGAUUUGCCUGAUUGUCAUGCGUGUACUAAUCUUGAAGGAAGUUAUCAAUGUGAGUGCCGUAGAGGUUUCAACUUGAGCGAGGACAAGAAAUCAUGUAUUGACAUUGACGAAUGUCUUGUAAAUAAUGGAGGAUGCUCGCAGUUGUGUAUCAAUCAACCUGGAGAUUACAAAUGUCAUUGUAAAAAAGGGUUUUAUCCGACGGACAUCCAAUCGAUAAACUGCGAAGAUAUAGAUGAGUGCUCUGGCAAUAACGGCAAAGGAAACUGUUCAUACCAGUGUAGCAAUUCCAUUGGUUCAUUCAACUGCUCAUGUCCAGAUGGCUAUGAACUAGGGGAUGAUCAGUUGACUUGUUUCGAUAUCGAUGAAUGCUUAGUGAAUAAUGGCGGAUGUAAUCAGAAAUGUGUUAACUUGCCUGCAUCUUAUGAAUGCGCUUGUUAUGAUGGUUAUAACGAGAUUGGUAAAAAUGGAAGUGAUGUUGUAUGCAGAGAUAUAGAUGAAUGCACUACUGGACGCCACGAGUGUGAUACUAGGCUUGGCGCAACAUGUCUCAAUACAAUUGGAAAUUACUCCUGCGUUUGUCCAAGUGGUUAUCUUGCUGACUGGAACAAAUGUGUCGAUAUUAACGAAUGCCUUGAUGUGAAUAAACAUGGCUGUCACCAUGUUUGUAAAAACACUCCUGGAAGUUUCUAUUGUACGUGCUUGGAAGGAUAUUCUCUGCUCCCCAACACGAAAAUCUGUGCAGACAUAAACGAGUGCGCUGAUUCACCAUGUUCUCAUGGGUGCGUUAAUUUUGUUGGGAGCUUUUACUGUGAGUGCAACAGAGGCUUUCAGCUUGGUAAUGACAGCAGAACCUGUGAAGAUAUAAAUGAAUGUGAAAUCGCCAAUGGUCUUUGUGCUCAUAACUGUAUCAAUACGAACGGAAGCCACAAAUGCGAAUGUCGCCAUGGCUACAACUCAUUGAACAAGGGAUUAGUUUGUAAAGAUAUUAACGAGUGUUUGGAGGAGACAGCAUGCUGUGAUAGUUUAUGUAACAACCGUGAUGGUGGAUAUUCAUGCAGCUGUCUCGAUGGUCAUUUCUUGUCAAAAGAUAAUUGUACUUGCCAAGAUAGAAACGAAUGCAUGACGAACAAUGGUGGCUGUGAGCACAUCUGCAACAACACAAAAGGUGGAUUUAGUUGUUCAUGCCGUCCUGGGUAUCAAAAAGAUCCAAAUGAUGCAAGCCGUUGUCUGGAUAUAAACGAAUGUGAAAGGGAAAAUGGAGGUUGCUCUCAAAUAUGCAACAACACUGAGGGAAGCCACGAAUGUCAUUGCAGACCAAUAUUCAAAUUAGCAGCUGACGGAAAGACUUGUGAUCAUUGCCCAACCUGUGAGACGUUUGAAAGUGUAAUCAACAUCAUUGAGCAACUUCAGCUUGAGGUGAAGGCUCUUCAAGACUGGAAAUCUCGUUCUUCUGCUCAAAGCAACGAAUGUGUUUACAAAGGAAAGACGUAUAAAAACAGUGAUGAUUGGAGGGACGGUGAUUGUCGUAGGUGCUUAUGUCAGGAUGGUCAGGUGAUAUGUUUUCAAGAUAAGGAUUGUUUCCAAUCAGAUUCUUCGCAGAAAUCACCAUAGAAAUAUUAUGCCACUGAAACUUUGAGAAAAAGGAAAGAGUUAACUAAAGUUAAAAGAGAAAGUAUGGAAUAUAUACACACUUCGUGAAACGUUGCACUGUUACCGCUCUGUAGAACUUAAAGUAUAAUAUAGAUAGAGACCAAUAUCUGGGGGUUAAUGAAAGUCUUACUGUAAUAAUUCAUAAUUAAUGUAGUUUAUAUGUUGAGAUUCAUCAGUAUAAAGGAUUUGUGAAUGUCUGGCAACUUAGCAAAACAACAACACAAUGAAACAUUUUUGUGGCAUAAAUUGGGCAGGAAGCGCGCGAAAAAAGGUCUAGAGGCUCUAAUUAACCUAAGUUUUACCUAACAGGAGGACCUCUAAGUUGCAGAGGGUGUGGGCCAGCUCUGUGCAUGUUCAGUGAGUUGAGACCUGAUGAUCCAGGGACCACCAUUAGUAUACUAUGACACUAAGCUAGGGCACUCAAAACCCGACAGAGCAUGGUUUUUCUAAAGGAACAGGCGGUGAGGCAGACCCCUGCAUGUUCAGAUUCCGUCGGUUCGAACUAAAAUAUGAUAAGCAAACAGACUAACUAUGCUAUAACAUGAGUAUUAUUAGCGUGCAAUAUGACCACUAAACCGAUUUUAGCAGCGUUUAUCGAAACACUUAGCGCAGGUUUUGGUGCGCGAGGGUGCGUUACAUGCGUACACUAGACAAAUGAGUUAUAUACACCGAUUACAACAGAUUCUUAAUCAUGCAUGAAAUAAAGCGCAGAUUAUUAAUCCUUUUGUGUGAAACAUUUAGCGGAACAAUUGCUAACUGAAACAACGUAUUAUCUAUGUACUUACUUUGGUUUGCAGAAGCACCAACUUUAACUAAAAUACGCGUAGACAUAUAGCUUUGAUCGAGGUAGAAUACAGAUAGAAAUUUUGUCUCACAAUG